AUGAUAUUGGGUUGCAGGCUGCUGCAGUUGAAUUUGAGGAGUCUUCAUCUUGUUUCCUUCACUGAAUCUCUGAGUGCAGGUGACAAAAGGGUAGUGUUGAAGGAGUUGAGGGGUUUUUUGGCAAUGAGGUGGGGAGGUGAUGUUAGCUUGAGACACUGGUUGGACAAACCUGAAAGAUCUGUUGAGGAAUACGAGUGUUUGCACAUAUUCUCUCAAAUUGUUGACAUUGUAAAUAUAGCACAUUCUCAAGGGAUUGUAGUCAACAAUGUUCGACCUUCUUGCUUCUAUAUGUCCUCCUUCAACCAUGUCUCUUUCAUUGAAUCUGCUUCUUGUUCUGAUUCUGGGUCUGAUUCUUUAGAAGAUGGGUUGAAUAAUAACCAGGGCCUUGAGCUUAGAGAUUCAUUCUCUCCUUUGCUUCUUGCCAUCUCCCAGAAGCAGAAGAGUGCUGGUGGAAGUGAGGAUUUUCGGCCUGUCUCAACAAAUGCUUUCUCUGAAACUAGCUGCAUUCAAUCAAGUUCAGCCUGUGGGAGAGUGCCAUUAGCAGAGGACAAUGAAGAAGAUAAUAAUAGGAAUGUUGGGGAAGGAGAAAGAAAGCAACAACUCUUCCCAAUGAAGGAAGUUUUGCUUAUGGAGACUGGUUGGUAUACCAGUCCCGAAGAGGCUGCUGGUUCGACAAGCUCAUUGCAUCAGAUAUAUAUCGGCUUGGUGUGCUUCUGUUUGAGGGAUGUGUUGCAGAGCGAGUUCCUUGCUGAACCAAAAGAUAAACUAGUAGAGCGUGAAGCAGCCCUACAGCUGAGACAGAGAAUAGAAGAGCAAGAUCUGUUGCUCGAGUUCCUGUUAUUGAUACAACUGAGGAAACAGGAAGCUGCUGAUAAGUUGCAAGACACUGUUUCUCUUUUGUGCUCUGAUAUUGAAGAGGUCGUGAAGCAUCCAUCCUUUCACGGGAAUAAUGUAAGCACCGCUGCAGAAAAAGGGAAGGAAGAUCUUCUAGAUUCUGAUCUCCUGCUCAUGAACCCGUCUCAGACAGAUGAUUUUUUCGGCCUGGGUUCUCGAAAACGAUGUCGACCUGGCUAUCAGACUAAUGCUGAGGAAUCUGAUGAUAACAUGGAGGAUGUUCAAAACUCUAGUAUGAUGCCAUCACAAGCUCAAGGAAGUCUACUGUUUAAAAACUCACGGCUCAUGAAGAACAUCAAGAAAUUAGAGGCAGCUUAUCUGCUGACAAGAUGCAGACCACUGGCAGCAGUUAGGCCACUGGGAAGAUCGGUUGGUAGACAUUCCCAAGUCAGCAGUGAUGGAAGAGGUUCUGUUGUAGCGAGUGAAAGAAGCUCCAUUAGUGGGUUACAACCAAGAGCCCCGCAUGUUGUGGCCAGACAAACUGGAUGGAUUAGUCCAUUCCUUGAGGGUUUGUGCAAAUACUUAUCUCUGAGUAAGCUUAAAGUCAAGGCGAAUGUGAAGCAAGGAGAUAUGUUGAACUCUUCCAACCUAGUAUGGGAUGCUUCAAGAGGUCAGGUAGUUACUGAAAUGAGAGAGCACGAGAAGCGUGUUUGGUCCAUUGACUUCUCAUCUGUAGAUCCUACGCUGUUGGCUAGUGGGAGCGAUGAUGGUUCUGUCAAACUAUGGAGCAUCAAUCAGGCAAUUCUACUUUUUCCACUUGUUGGAUGUGAGCUUUAAAAAUUAAACGUAUAACGUUAUCUGAUCUUUUUCCUAAAGCGUGCAACGUUGCAUUUUUGCACGUAGUAAAAUACGGUACGAGAAUGUUACGUAUAAAA